AUGGAGGAGGAGAAGCACGACGAGUUGGAUCCGAACCAGAAGAGCAAGAGAGCGAAAGAAGAUCAAGGAUUAGUAAUGGCGGAGGAAUCUAUGUCGGUGGAGUGGAUUUUUGAAGCGCAAGAGCUCAACUUGACCACCGGUAUUACUCCUUCGCUCAAUGUCUCCGCCGAUCUUCUCCGUUUCUUCUUCGUGAAGACAUGGACCAGACUUCUGGAGAAAUCUGGUUUACCGAAGCAGCCUUUCACUCGCCAGGAGAACACCGUGAUUCAGACUUGUGUGGCCGCUUCCUCCGGCGUCGCCUUCAGCGGGCUUCGAUUUGGGAAGCUUGCACACAUACUGCUCUGCGACUACGAAUUUUCAUCCCUCAAAACCUAA